AUCAGCCUCAGGGCUCAUUACUGGGAAAAUUCCAUUGUGGGUUACUGAGUUCUAAGUUGGAUUACCGUUGGAGUAGUGCUGUCUGUGAGACAGCUCUGCCUUACAUUUGUGAAAAAGUGAUCAACUCUACAAAAAAGGUGGAACCAUUUGAAUUCUGGCAGUAUAGGACCACACACUGUGAAUCCGGCUGGCUUUCCUACAAUGGAUUUUGCUACAAAAUGCAUAAAGAAGAUUUGAACUGGAAAGAUGCCCUGAUGUCCUGCCGCCUGAAUGGAAGUGAACUCAUUAGUAUGCAGUCACUGGCAGAUGUGGCUGUUCUGAUCAACCAGUUUAAAAGUGAAACUGUACCAGAGGUUUGGAUUGGACUUGCCAACAACAGGACACCAGCUCAAUUUACAUGGUCAGAAGGAUCACCUGUGAUAUUCACUUACUGGCAUAAAAAUGAGCCAAAUGUUCCAUAUAACACCACAGAACACUGUGUGUCUUCACAGAAGAUUGAUGGCCAAUGGAAAGUUAAAGAUUGCGAGGAAAAUAUAUGGAGCAUCUGUAAGAAGCCAGGAAAAGUAGAACAAAGACAACCUAGAAAAGAUGAAGGUUGCCCUGAGAACUGGAAAAGAUAUGAAGAAUCCUGUUAUAAGAUUGACAAUCACCUACAAACAUAUGAAGAAAUUUCAAAAAAAUAUUAUUGUCCGCUCGUUACCAUUGGAAACAG